ACACCAACAAACAAACGACACCGUUUCAAAAUCCCGGGAUUCACGAUUCACACAAACCGAAGCACAGCACAGCUUUCUCGGAAUCUCGGUUCUUCUCUCUGGUUAACGGCGCUGCGGCUCUGUAAUCUUCUGCUUUGCUCUUACCAUCUCUCUCUGGGGGUCUAAAUCACUCUCCAUUGCAAUGGCUUCUUCAUCAUCUUUUAGUAUGUCUGCUUUGCAUAGCACAUGCACUCCUAGGGUGCCAAAUUGCCCUAAAGAGUUCAUGGACAAUCAUUCAAGUUUGUACUUUAAACAACCUCUUCAUUCUAAAUUGAUGCCUUUAUCCACUGACCUAAAGCAUUCAAGGUUUUUCACUAAUGAGAAACCAUUACAAUGGGAACAAACUGCAAGACUUCCACAAAGGAAUAGAGUCUUAUCCCGUGCAUUGGACAUUGAAAAUACACCUUUUUCAGUGGGCAAUAAGUUCCAACUCGAUGAUGUUAUUGAAGCUCAACAAUUUGAUAGAGAGACUCUCGGUGCCAUAUUUGAAGUGGCACGUGAGAUGGAGAAGGUUGAGAAGAAAUCGCCUGGGAGCCAAAUUCUUAAGGGUUAUCUAAUGGCUACACUUUUCUAUGAGCCAUCUACUAGAACUAGGCUCUCUUUCGAGUCUGCCAUGAAAAGGUUGGGUGGGGAAGUUUUAACAACAGAAAAUGCACGGGAAUUCUCAUCAGCAGCAAAAGGAGAGACACUUGAAGAUACUAUAAGAACUGUUGAAGGAUACUCAGACAUAAUUGUAAUGAGGCACUUUGAAAGUGGUGCUGCCAGAAGAGCCGCAGUCACAGCUGAGAUUCCUAUCAUUAAUGCAGGGGAUGGUCCUGGACAGCAUCCAACCCAGGCUCUUUUGGAUGUAUAUACUAUUGAAAGAGAGAUAGGAAGACUGGAUAGAAUCAAAGUCGGGCUUGUUGGAGAUCUUGCAAAUGGAAGAACAGUCCGGUCACUUGCGUAUUUGCUUGCCAAGUAUCAAGAUGUGAAGAUCUACUUUGUUUCUCCUGAAGUGGUCAAAAUGAAGGAUGAUAUAAAAGACUAUCUCACAUCAAAGGGAGUUGAAUGGGAAGAAAGUGCUGACUUAAUGGAAGUAGCUUCAAAGUGUGAUGUGGUGUAUCAAACUCGCAUUCAGCGAGAAAGAUUUGGAGAAAGGGCCGAUCUCUAUGAAGAAGCUCGAGGCAAGUACAUUGUGGAUCGAGAUGUGUUAGGUGUGAUGCAGAAGCAUGCUGUAGUCAUGCAUCCCCUCCCAAGGCUUGACGAGAUAACUGUGGAUGUUGAUGAGGAUCAAAGGGCUGCCUAUUUCAGACAAGCAAAGAAUGGUCUCUAUAUUCGGAUGGCUUUGUUGAAGCUCCUACUUGUUGGUUGGUGAGAGGUGAGAGGAGUAGUUUUUUCCUUUUCCUUCAAUUUUUGACAUCUUAAUCACUCAACUUUAUUUAUGCUCGUUUCAUGGGAUAAGGAUACCUAAACUGCCAGAAUUGCUUGGCUUGAAGGAUGAUCGAGUUAUGAAUCAAUAAGAUUAUCUUUGUCUUUUCCCUUUC